CCACGGGCCGGCGGGGGCCGCUGUUACCGGACGUGACGUCCCGCGGGUUCCGGUGUGGAGGGCGCCCCCCGCCCCCCCUUUCCCCUCAGGUCCCCUCCCGGGUCCCGCCGCAGCGACGGGAGCGGGCUCGCGCCCGCGUUCCUUCCCUCCUGGUGGCUCAGCACCACUCAGAGCUCAGGAGGGCAGCGCGGCGCCUCCAGGGCAGCGUGAGGCAGGGGGGUUCCUGUCGGGCCGGCGGGGAUGGAUUCCCAGGAGAUGAAGGAGCUGCAGCAGGAGGUGAUGGAGGAGCUGGGAAUCUCCAUGGAGGAGCUGCAGGAGCUCAUCGACAAGGAGCUGGAGCAGUGCGAGUGCGUGCGGCAGCGGAGGCAGCAGCUGGAGCAGCUCGAGAAGUGCGUGAGGCAGAAAGAAGAGGAGGUGGCUCGCGUGGACAGGCUCUUCGAUGAUGCUUCCAGAGCCAUUGACAAGUGUGAGAGCCUGGUGAAGGACCUGUAUUCCAAGCUGGGCCUGCAGUACCGGGAGAGCAGCUCCGAGGAUGAGGAGCUGGCUGCCAAAGCCAUGGAAGUCAUUGAGAUCCCGGAUGAGGACGACGACGAUGUCAUGAGCGUUGAUCCAGGCUGGAAGCACGACCCAGGCACUGGUAGCUCCAGAGUCACAAAGGAUCAGACUCUGCUGCAGGAAGCCGUGGCUGCCAUCAGGAAGUCUGCCCAGGAUGUGCAGAAGUUCGUGGAUGCUGUGAACAAGAAAACAAGUGCCCAGGACGCCCCGAAAGAUGCACAGAGCUCUCAGGAAGGUCCUGGCUCUGGCCAGCCCCUGGGCUCUGCAGCAGCAGGGGGGGAUCUCAGCUGUGAUGAAGAUCUCAACGUUGGCAUGAGGAUCCUGGGCAAGAAGAGAGCCAAGACAUGGCACAAGGGCACUCUGAUCGCCAUCCAGAGCGUGGGUGCUGGCAAGAAGUACAAAGUGAAGUUUGAUAACAAGGGGAAGAGUUUGCUCUCUGGCAACCACAUUGCUUAUGACUAUCACCCGCGGCCUGAGAAGCACUACGUCGGCAGCAGGGUCGUGGCCAAAUACAAAGAUGGGAACCAGGUCUGGCUCUACGCCGGCAUCGUGGCUGAGACCCCAAACGUGAAGAAUAAGGACAGGUUCCUCAUCUUCUUCGAUGAUGGUUACGCUUCGUAUGUCAAGGAGUGGGAGCUGUACCCAAUCUGCAGACCCUUGAAAAAGACCUGGGAAGACAUUGAGGAUGUUUCGUGCCGGGAUUUCAUCGAGGAGUACAUCACAGCCUACCCCAACCGCCCCAUGGUGCUGCUGAAGAGCGGGCAGCUCAUCAAAACAGAGUGGGAAGGGACCUGGUGGAAAUCCCGAGUGGAAGAAGUGGAUGGCAGCCUGGUCAAGAUCCUGUUCCUGGAUGACAAGCGCUGCGAGUGGAUUUACCGGGGCUCCACGCGCCUCGAGCCCAUGUUCAGCAUGAAAACCUCCACAGCCUCCACCCAGGAGAAGAAGCUGAGUGGACAAGCAAGAACUCGUCCCAAUGUGGGUGCUGUGAGGAGCAAAGGGCCCGUGGUCCAGUACACCCAGGAUCUAACGGGAGCUGGUACCCAGUACAAGCCUUUGGAGCAGAUGCAGGCAGCCUCACGAGCCCCACGCUCCGCUUCUCCACAGCCUGCUGAGAUGGAGAAAAGACCUGCUUGUUUUCUCAUGGAUGGGGCGCUGCUGCUCGUGCAUCUUGCAGAUCAGACCCUCAUACAAACAAUCAGGUGCUCGGACAGCCCGCUGGCCCAGGCCAGGAAGCAAGUGGCCAAGAAGAGCACCUCCUUCCGUCCCAGCUCCGUGGGCUCCGGGCAGUCCUCCCCUUCCCCGCCUGUCCUCGGUGACACCGCUGGGGCGGGCAGGAGCGCUGCGGCCCCGCAGCACCGCCUGCCCAGCAGCCAGGCGGGCAGCAGCGCCCUGCAGGCCUUCCAUGGCAUGAUGGACCGUGUGCCCAACGAGCCCUCGUACCGAGCGCCCCUGGAGAAGCUCUUCUACCUGCCCCACGUGUGCAGCUACACGUGCCUGUCGCGCGUGCGGCCGCUGCGCGGUGACCAGUACCGCAGCCGGAACCCGCUGCUCAUCCCGCUGCUCUACGACUUCCGCCGCAUGACGGCGCGGCGCCGCCUCAACCGCAAGAUGGGCUUCCACGUGCUCUACAAAACGCCAUGCGGGCUCUGCCUCCGGACCAUGCAGGAGAUCGAGCGCUACCUCUUCGAGACAGACUGCGACUUCUUGUUCCUGGAGAUGUUCUGCUUGGAUCCCUACGUGCUGGUGGAUCGCAAGUUCCAGCCCUACAAACCCUACUACUACAUCGCGGACAUCACCAAGGGCAGGGAGGACGUGCCCUUGUCCUGUGUCAAUGAGAUCGAUAACACCCCACCUCCUCAGGUGGCCUACAGCAAGGAGAGGAUCCCAGGCAAAGGGGUUUACAUCAACACCAGCUGGGAGUUCCUCGUGGGCUGUGACUGCAAAGACGGCUGCAGAGACAAAUCAAAAUGUGCCUGUCACCAGCUGACUGUCCAAGCGACUGGCUGCACCCCGGGGGGGCAGAUCAACCCCAGCUCUGGAUACCAGCACAAAAGGCUGGAAGAAUGUCUCCCAACAGGAGUUUACGAGUGCAACAAGAGGUGCAAGUGCAACGUUAACAUGUGCACCAACCGCUUGGUCCAACACGGCCUCCAGGUCCGGCUGCAGUUAUUCAAGACCCAGAACAAAGGUUGGGGCAUUCGCUGCCUCGAUGACAUUGCUAAAGGCUCCUUUGUCUGCAUCUAUGCAGGGAAGAUCCUCACGGAUGACUUUGCUGACAAAGAGGGGCUGGAGAUGGGGGACGAGUACUUUGCCAACCUGGAUCACAUCGAGAGCGUGGAGAACUUCAAGGAGGGCUACGAGAGCGACGCCAAGUGCUCCUCGGACAGCAGCGGGGUGGACCUGAAGGACGACGAGGAGGAGAACACGGGCACGGAGGAGCAGGAGGAGUCCAACGAGGACAGCUCCGACGACAACUUCUGCAAGGACGAGGACUUCAGCACGAGCUCGGUGUGGCGCAGCUACGCCACGCGCCGCCAGACGCGCGGCCAGAAGGAGAACGGCCUCUCGGAGACGGCCUCCAAGGACUCGGGGCUCACCCGGCAGCUGCACCCCGACGAGGCGGCCGUGGCUGCCUCCUGCAAGCUCCCGGUGUCCGAGGAGACCUCCAAGAACAAGGUGGUGUCGUGGCUGAGCUCCAACAGCAUGUCCGAUGGCUUCCAGGACAAUGACAGCACCUCCUCCUUCAAGAUGAGUGAAGGGGGGGAAGCCAAGGCCAGCAAAGGGGAGAUCCCAGGGGAGAGGGAGAAAACCUGUGCUGCUGCCCCGGGAGACGUGGAUCGGGAGCUGAAGGCAUCAAAGAAAGACGAACCUGAGGACGCAGCCAAAAUUCCCGGGCUGGCCGAGUUGGGAAGGAUGUAUGGAUACAACCCCAGCCCUCCCAAGCUGGAGGGGAUCCGGAGGCCGACGAGCAAGACCGCGCUGCUGCAGAGCAAACGGCUUUCUCUCGCCCCACAGCCCGCCACGGACGUGCACUCGGGAGCUGGGGGUCCCUUUGCACAGGACGUGCUGACCCUGUCGAGCAGCACUGACAGCGAGGGUGAGAACGGCCCCGCGGCGGCGGGACAGGCCCCGGGCACCGCCAACGACAGCGACGACAUCCAGACCAUUUCCUCGGGCUCCGAGGAGGAGGAGGGCGAUGAGAAGAAGAACCCUUCCUCGGGGUCAGGUCCCAUGAAGAGGCAGGUGGCUGUGAAAUCCACCCGGGGCUUUGCCCUCAAGUCCACCCAUGGCAUCGCCAUCAAAUCCACCACCAUGGCCGCCGAGAAGGGCGAGAGCGCGCCGGUGCGCAGGACCACGCGGCAGUUCUACGACGGGGAGGAGUCCUGCUACAUCAUCGAUGCCAAGCUCGAGGGGAACCUGGGCCGCUACCUCAACCAUAGCUGCAGCCCCAACCUCUUCGUGCAGAACGUCUUUGUGGACACCCACGACCUCCGCUUCCCCUGGGUCGCCUUCUUCGCCAGCAAGAGGAUUCGUGCAGGCACGGAGCUGACCUGGGAUUACAACUACGAAGUGGGCAGCGUGGAAGGCAAAGAGCUGCUGUGCUGCUGCGGGGCCAUCGAGUGCCGCGGGCGGCUGCUCUGAGCCCCCCUUCCCUGCCGAGGGUCCAGCAUUCCCAAGGGGCACCAUUCCCAAGCUGAGGAAGCGGCUUCGACUCUCCCAUCACUUGAAAACUCGGCUUUCAGGGAGCAGAUGGACACGGAACUGAAGCGGCCCCAGGGGGGAGCGAUGCCCACCCUGAGCCUCGGGAUGUGCUUUUGCACUGGUUUUCCAACGGGAAACGCUCGAGGGUGUGACUGAGCCGUGUCCAUCCCUGUGGCCUUGGGCCAGCAGGGUGGGGGGAGGCGGAUGGGAUGAGCCCAGUUUCACUGGACCACGCUGGGUUUCUGGGGGUGCUGUGACCCUCAGGUGCUGAACGUGCAUCUUCUGCAGCAGGGCCACAGUGUAAAGAACCUUUUCGUUGCUCAAGAGCAAUAAACCCCGGUUUUCUAUGGAAAAA